AGAAUGUCUGUUUAAACCAUCCGCUCUAACACAGUGCUAAGAAGAUAUCAUCACAAAAGACCCAAGUUGUGAAUCAGCCCGAAUCCCACCUUUGGAGAGAGUGGAGGAAAGACUGUGUGUCUACCAGGAAGUGUCCAGCAAACUAAAGAUCUCAUCGGUUUAAGAGGCAGAAAACGAUGGAGGUCGACUCAGUGUUCUUCACUGAUCGUAGUGGACGUGUCACCAGCAACCCUCUGCUGGACCAGCUUCCCAGCUACCAGUCCCUUCUCUACAGGAGAAAGUCAUCAGGAGCUGGCAGCAAACGAAGGAACAGCUCUAGAAACAGGUUUGGCUCCUCAGGCAGUAAUAAAUGGGCCGUGAACACCGUGAGCAAACAUGAGGAAAAGCAGAAGUUGGAGGAGAGACCCAUCAGAGAGCUGCCGAAGACCAUGGCUGAGAAACGGCAACAAAAGGCUCAACGUCUGCAGGAUGCUGCAGAUCUCAGUAGCUGGAGACAGUGGAAGCAGGGCACACGCAGGUAUCUGAGGAGGCUGAGGGAGGACGCUCAUGACUGGCUGAGCUCACUGCAGCUCUGGAGGGGAGACAUCCACCUGAUAGAAGGCAUGUUUGGCCAGGGAAUCCUAUCCUACUUCUCCUUCCUGCGCUUCUUGGUCAUGCUGAACCUGAUCAUCUUUGUGCUCAUGUUCAGCUUUGUCAUGUUACCAAUUAUCAUCGCUCCCCACACUUCAGGAAAUAUCACCUAUAAUCUGAAUGAUGGUGGUAUUUGCAGUGUGUAUCCCAGCAGUACUCGACGUGGCCUGGUUAUUUACUAUGAACACAUUGCUGAUCUGCUGUCUGGUGGAGGCUUCCUGGAACAGACCUACCUCUUCUAUGGCUACUACAGAGCACACAAAAUAUACUUUCCUAAAACCACUUAUAAUUUACCUCUGGCAUAUCUGUUGGCAACCAUCGCUUACCUCUUCCUCAGUUUGGUCUGGAUUGUGAAAAGGUCUGCAACAGGCUUCAAACGGAGCCUAAUUCAGGAUGAGGAUCGCUUUCAGAGUUUUUGCAACAAGAUCUUUGCCGGCUGGGAUUUUUGCAUUACCAAUGUGAAUGCUUCAAAGUUGAAGAGAAGCAGUCUGCUCUAUGAACUUAAGACUGACUUGGAAGAAGAGAGGAUCAAGCAGAAAAUUGCAGAUCGCACCCGUAAAGAGAAGUGUCGUAUUUACUUCAUCCGUUUUCUCCUCAAUCUCUUCGUCAUGGCUGUGUUGGCUGGCUGUUUCUACAGCAUCUACAAGGCCACCAUCUUCUCCCAGAAAGCACAGAUGGACAACAUUAAGGUGAAUUUCAUUGUUGAUUUGAUCUACGAGUAUCUGCCCUCCAUCGUUAUCACCCUGGCCAACUUCAUCACCCCCCUCGUCUUUUCUAUCAUCAUCAACUUUGAGGAUUAUUCUCCGGCCUUUGAGAUCCGCUUCACCCUCAUGAGGUGUGUCUUCAUGAGGCUGACCAGUAUUGGAGUCCUGCUCUUCUCCCUCUGGUCUCAGAUUACCAAGUGUAAAGAAGAGCCCUGCGUCUGUGGCUACAACCAUUUGCUUUAUUCUUGCUGGGAGACUCGUGUAGGACAAGAAAUGUACAAACUGACCAUCUUUGACUUCAUCACCAUCGUCUCAGUCACCAUCUUUGUAGAAUUUCCUAGGAAGCUCAUCGUCCGACACUGUGACUGUGGCCUGGCUAAAUGGUGGGGUCAGCAGGAGUUUGCCAUUCCUCAGAAUGUUCUGGAGAUCGUUUACGGUCAGACCAUCUGCUGGAUCGGUACCUUCUACUGCCCCCUGCUGCCUGCCAUCUGCACCAUCAAAUACUUCUUCAUGUUCUACAUUAAAAAGCUGUCGUUGAUCAACAACUGCCGACCAGCUACACGUCCCUUCCGAGCGUCCAGCUCUAACUUCUUCUUCCUCUGUGUCCUGCUAAUUGGCCUGGCUCUGGCCUGUAUGCCUGUCAUCGCCAGUGUAGCACAAAUAAACUGCUCUCAGGCUUGUGGACCAUUUGUGAACUACACCACCUCCUGGGAGGUUGUGCCAACUGCAGUGUCCCAGCUUCCUGAUGGAGUCCAGGGUCUGCUCUGGGCCCUAUCUUCAGAGGCUUUUGCUGUGUCCUUCUUUGUUGUCACUUGUUUGGCCAUGUUUUAUAUGAUUGCUCUGGCAGGAGCACACAAGAAGGUCAUCAAACAACUCAGAGAGCAACUGGCCAUGGAUGGCCGUGACAAACGCUUCCUGAUCCAGAAGCUGUGCCAGGCCCAGAGGAUCCCAGAGGUCAGACCCUCCCAGCCCAGACAACAGGUCCUCAGCAGUAGCAGCAGCAGAAGAAGCCCCAACUAUGAGACCAGCUUCUCCAACAAUUUUGAUGAGUCCCUGUUUUUGGUGCAUUCACCCCCGGACUCAUCCACACAUGUGUGAGACUGAAAACAGAGGAAUAUUUGAACCUUGAACUUUUUUUAUCCUGUAAACACUACAGUAUAUCCUGGGAAUUUUUCUGGACCCUAUUAGUAAGCCUUGUGCCUCUUCCAUAUCUUAGUAUUGACAUAAAGUAUCCUGGUAUUUUUACGGUGACAACGGUCCUUGAAAAUCAGUGGCAAAACCUGUCUGCAGAAUUUCUGAGUGAUGGACUUCAUUUUGGUGAGACUGUUUAGAACAAUAAUUAAACACACUUAGGUUUAUCAGCAAGUAAUUUUCAGCCAUCGCUGUAACAGAUCACCUGACCAAUGCCUCCAAUCAGGUUAUAUCCUGCAAGAAAAACUUACAGAUGUUUUGCUUAAUAAUUCUUGUAAGCAUUAUUGUAUCUCUUUGUGGUGCUUCAGACCUAAGAUCUACUUCAUCAUUUCCUUCCGAGAAGGACAAACAAUACUGGAACCACUGGAGUUUGGAUCAACGUUUCUCAAAUGUAUGCACUUUAAAAGUAUUACCACUAAUGUUUUCUUACUAGUACAAACCGUGUUUACAGACAACACUGUAAUGUUUGUUGCUCUGAUGCCG